CCAAUUUAAAAAAGUUUUUUUUUGAAAAGCAGGAAGUUAUUAACAUAACCAAAAUAUUAACCUUCCAGCUUCGGGCUGUUAAACUAUUAAAAAAAAGUGAUUUAAGUUACAAUUAAAAGAAAAGAAAAAAAGUUAACUCAAGGAAUAAGCAAAGUAUUAACUAAAUGCUAUAAAAAUUGAAAUAAGAACUUAAUUUCUCGGAGAGAUUCUAAGCUUCCGGUGCAGUGAAUAAACAACAAUAUUUUUGGGCGAUACCUUACUUAAAAAUUAAUUUAAUAAAUUAAAUUAACUAAAAAUAUUUAAAAAUCCUAACUUAAAAAUAAAUUGUGAAAAUUCGUUGCUUAAAUAAGAGUAGCGCUAUAGCUACUAAAUCCCUUUAAAAAUUAACCCCGCUCCAUGAUUACUGCAACGCCAUGGCAGGACACGUGACGCGAGAUCUUAACUGGCUGAAUUUCCUGCUGUCCCUGUGGGCUCUGCUGCAGUUAACCCUCUGCCAACCGUAUCAAUUGCCCCAUCGCUGCUCAAAUCGUCUUGAAAACGCUCUAGAGCACAUGCGACGCCGUAGUAUCCAGACCAAGAGCUCCUCCACGGAUCGCAAUCGCGGAUCACGGGCCAUGUGGGAGCCACCGCCGCAGAGUCCCUACCAACUUUACCACAGUUUCUAUGGGCAGCACAGCGAGCCGGAGGAUGACUUCUACAAUGUGGGUGGCGGCGCCUACAACUCAGGACGCGGCUACCAUGCCAAGCUCCUGCACCGGAGCGGCAGACCUUACCCUUUCUCAGACCCCAGCAGUGCUCUGGAGCUGGAGGACUUGCUGGCUGUGAACCAGGAGACACACCAGCAACAGCAGUAUCAGCACAGACAACCCCACAAGCUGGCCAUUUCCCGGGUGGAUGUGGAGGAUCUUAAGGUGCGCGUGCCGCCGGCAAAGUCGGCCAAUCGCUGGGUGGAGAUCGACAAGUGCAAGUUCAGCACGGAGAACUCCACGCUGGACACCAGGUUAAUCUUUCCGGAUCUCACGCUCAGCGGAAAGGUUGUUAUGCAACCAAUGGGCGGCAAGUGCCACAUGAUCCUGCGGCUGCGACACGCGGGCAUUGAGUUCCGGACGGUGCCGCUGGGGUACGACCACGGUACGGGACAAUCCACUGGAUACGAACAGUCGCGAAGAUUGGGAGGAGCCUCUGUAAGAACAGACUCCCACUUUGCGGAACCCGGUUUCAUAUCGGUCUUUGCCCACGGCUGCCAGGGACCCAGUGGCAUUCGCCUUCGCCAGAACUCCAAGCGGAGAUUCGGACAUGCUCCCGAGGUGGAGCUGGGCGAGCCCCAUGUGAUUCUAGGCACCAACAAUCGACCGCAGGGCCAGAGAUGGGGCAAAUACCACCACCAGCAGGAGCCGCAGCAGCCUUCAAGCUACGACAUCCGGCUGAGCCAGAAUUCGAAGCGGGACCAGAGCCUAGAGCUGGGCAGCGAUUCCGGGGAGUUUGUCGAUGUCAACGGCGACAACUUUUACCGGCGGCAGUUUGGCAAGCGGCGAAGGCGCCGACGGCGCUAUGCCCAGGAUAAUUUCGAGGACCAGAUGAACUUCAGCGAGGAUGUGCUGCACUUUGAGGACGAGCAGCUGCAGCAGCUGGUGGAGCCGGAUGCCCGGGCCUUUGCGGACAUCUUCAGCGCAGGGAGCGGGGCCGAGACGAGUUCCUCUGGAGCAGAUCGCGAGGAGCUCGUAGGCGAGGCCAUGUCCCACGAGCUGGAGAAGCUCUUCUCGAUGGGCGUGCGGGGCCUGCUAACCACCUACAUGCAGCGCGCCCUGCAGCCGGCCAUCAAGGAGACCCUGAUGGAGAAUAUGGGCUACACCCUGAGCUAUGGCUGACGGACUCUUCGCCUGCUCUUCGACUCCGACUCUACUUUAAGCCCUAUUUAUG